CUUGUCUCAGUAGUUCAAGAUUGAAUGGAAAACAACAUUGACCUCUCAUUGAUAUUCUAGAGGUAAUUAAUUUAACCUAAUACAAACACUAAAAUAUUUGGCUAAACAGGCAGCUAUUUUAAUUUUAAAACAAAUUAAAACUAUUUUUUUAGAUUAGGAUAUCAUUUCAAACUUCAUCAAGAUUAGUAUUAUAUUUCUUAUAUUAGAGUGGAUAAGCCAAGAAAUAACAAUAUGGUGUUUUAAAUACUGAGGUAUAAUUCAUCUUCUCUAGUUGAAGUAUGGCAAAACAUGAAAAUGAUUUACAAUAUUGAGAGGCUUAAACUCUUGUUUGACUCAUCUUAAUAAAAUAUUACACUUGAAAUAAUAUUUUUCUCAUUGUUGAACGAAUCAUCGUGA